UUUAUAAAUGAGCAUUAUCAUUACCAUUAGGUACCCUGAUGUUGAUUAAGUACAACGUUUUUUUUUUUGUACGAAAAUUUUAAUUUGGUAAAGUAAGAUGAUUAUUCAAAAUGUCCAUUUUGCAUGGAAAACUUUCCUUACUUUGUGCCUAUUUGGAGCAUUGCAGAUCAUCAACUCCGAGCCCAUUAAACCUUCGCCGCAUUUAGACGAACAUUGGGAAAGUUUUAAGACACGGUUUAACAAAACCUACCAUCCAGUUUUGGAGAAUAAGAGAAGACAAACAUGGGAACAAAAUUAUCACAUGAUAAACAAGCAUAACGAAGAACAUAAACAAGGCUUACAUACGUAUGAAUUGGAAAUAAAUCAUUUGGCAGAUUUAAACCAAAGACAAUACUUGAGAGAAAUGGUAAGAUUAUCGCAAUCUAGAAGGAAACCAUCGAACAGGGAAAUCACAGCUUUACCUCACCAUAAUUUGACUGCGAUCCCGGAAGAACUAGAUUGGAGAAAAGAAGGCUUCAUUACAGAACCAGAAAAUCAAGAAGAAUGCGGCUCUUGCUACGCUUUCAGUGUUGCUGGUUGUCUUCAAGGACAAUAUUUCAAAACUCGAAAAAAAAUUGUAAAUUUCAGCGCUCAGCAAUUAGUGGACUGCUCGUAUACGUCAGGUAACCUAGGCUGCGCCGGAGGUUCUUUACGUAAUAUGUUAAAAUAUGUUCAAUCAGUGGGAGGUGUGAUGUUAGAAGAAGAUUACCCAUAUACAGCUAAGCAAUCCACAUGCAAUUUCAAAAGAAGUAAGACCGCCAUCAGAAUAAAAACCUGGGGUGUAUUACCUCCAAGAGACGAAACUGCUUUGAGAAACGCAUUAGUCACAAUUGGACCAAUUGCUGUGUCAGUCAACGCAAGUCCCAUCACAUUCCAGCUCUACGCGAAAGGAGUUUAUUAUGACCGCGAGUGUAAAUCAGACUCCGUAAAUCACGCCAUGCUGCUGGUAGGUUACACAAAAAAGGCAUGGAUUUUGAAAAAUUGGUGGACAGAGGAGUGGGGCGAAGAUGGUUACAUGUUAUUAAAACGAGGACAGAAUGCAUGUGCGAUUGCGAAUUACGCCGCAUACGCUACGAUUUUAUAAAACGAUAUUGCCCAUUUUUUACCUAAAAAUGAUAAAAUCGUCGUUAUUCAAGUUCAAAGAUCGCGAUAACGAUGAUUCAUACCUACUAAUAGCUAUACUUACUUACGUUUACGUAGUUACUAGUUCGUAGUUAGUAUGUAAAAAACCAUACACCAUAGUAUAGUCACGGGAAUUUUUUAUUUUCAAUGUUGACUCUAACUGACUUUAGGUAUAAUUUCUCGUGAAUUUCUCCAAAUUAUAAAUUUAACAUCGAA